AUGGCUGAGAGUGUUGUUGGCUUUCUAAUUAACCAGCUCUCCACCUUACUUUCCCAAGAGACCAAACUUUUGGGGGGCCUUCAACCAGAUGUUCAGUUUAUCAAAGAUGAACUCGGAAGCAUGAAGGCUUUCCUCAGACAAGCUGAAGCAAAGGAGGACAAUGAUUCUCAACUCCAAGAAUCGGUCAAGCAGGUUCGAGAAGUUGCAUAUGAUACAGAGGAUGUUCUUGAUGAUUUUGCCUUCCGCUUUGCUCGUGGACAUGCGGAUGGAUUCUGUGGCCGAGUAGGAAAGAUCUACAGCUCAAUAAAGAAUCUAAAAGCCCGCCAUCAGAUUUCUUUGGAGAUAAAAGAUAUCAAGGCCAGAGUUGUAGAGAUUUCUGCAAGGCAUCAGAGGUACCAGCCUCUGUAUAGUACUCAAGAAAGAGACUCCAGCUCUUCCAAUGUGGCAAAUGCAGAUUAUGAUAUUCGUGAUCAGGCACUCCUAAUUGAAGAAGCUAAACUUGUUGGCAUCGAUCAGACGAAAAAAGAACUCAUUUCUGAAGUCCUUGAUGACGAUUCCCACUUGAAAGUAGUUUCAGUGGUGGGAAUGGGGGGACUCGGUAAGACCACCCUGGUGAAAAAGGUCUACGACGAUGCUGUUGUGAAGAAACAAUUUCAGAGCCAUGCCUGGAUAACCGUUUCUCAAAAUUUUCAGUUCAAUGUCAUCAUCAAGGACUUGAUUCAACAAUUGUGCGAGGAAAUCAAACAGCCGGUGCCUCCGCAAGUGGAAUCCAUGAAUCGUGUUAGACUGAGUGAAUUUGUCAGAGACUUCCUCAAAGGAAGAAGGUACAUCCUUGUCCUUGAUGAUGUGUGGAGUCCAGAUGCCUGGGAAGCUAUCAAAUACAUAUUGCCGGACUGCAACAUCGCUAGUCGUGUUGUAUUAACAACACGAAUUACCGAUGUAGCUUCUGCAUCUUGUUUAGCAUCCCAUGACUUUAUCCAUAUCAUGAAGCCUCUCUUUUAUGAUGAUUCUUGGACUCUUUUUUGCAAUAGAACAUUUCAGAGUAAUGGUUGCCCUUCAAAUCUAGAAGAGGUUUCUAGAAGAAUACUAAAAAAAUGUGAGGGCCUACCGCUUGCAAUUGUUGUAAUUAGUGGUGUUUUGGCUCUGAAGGACAAGGACAGGAUAGAUGAAUGGGAGAUGAUUCUUCGUGGCUUUGACGGCGAGGUAGAUGGUACCGGGCUCCCAAAAACCAACGGGCAACUGACACUGAGAGGACGAAGGAUGUACGAGAUUUUUUUCAGCAGUCUCAGCAGCAACGAAAAGGAAAAAGAGAAGAAAUAG